AUGAAUAGCGACACAGAGAAGCACACUACCGCGCAGGAGAUCGAGGCCCAGCCCAGCUCUACGGGCGGUCCCGUUUACGAUGUCAACGAGAAAGUCGACUACGACAGAGCGGGUGCCAUCGAGGCCGAGGAGGUCGAGCACAGACUGACCGUGCUCCAGGCUGUGAAGGCCUAUCCUGCUGCCAGUUGGUGGGCGUUUGUGAUGUCCUGUACCAUCAUUAUGGAAUCCUACUGUGUCUUCUUGAUGGGACAGUUCGUCGCCACCAAACGCUUCGCCCGAGACUUUGGUGUGCAGAGCCACGUCAAGGACGAAUAUAUCAUCGAGGCUUCGUGGCAGUCGGCAUUCCAAUGCAGUGGUCCCGUCGGUGCCUUCAUCGGUGUCUUCAUCGCGGGUCCCAUUACCAGUUGGAUCGGGUAUCGAUGGGCGACCAUCGGCGGCCUGAUGGCCUUGAACGGCUUCAUUUUCAUCUUCUACUUUGGUAACAGCAACGGCAUGUUCUUCGCUUCUCAGAUCCUGGAGGGUAUCCCUUGGGGUAUCUUUAUCGCCAACGCACCCGCCUACUGCGCCGAGAUUGUGCCCAUGAGACUGCGAGCUCCGGCUACCCAGAUGCUGCAGAUGUUCUGGGCUAUUGGCUCGAUCAUUGUCGGUGGUAUUACCUACCAUUAUCAAUCCAAGGAUGAUCCCUCCGCCUACAGAGUUCCCAUCGCUCUGCAGUGGAUUUUCCCCACCCCUCUCGCCAUCCUCAUCUUCAUUGCACCGGAAUCUCCUUGGUGGCUCGUGCGAAAGGGUCGUCUGGCCGAGGCCGAAAAGGCAGUCAGUCGCCUCGGACGUGCGGAUGCCAACGACAACCCCUCCGACAAAGUGGCUAUGAUGCGUCGUACAAUCGAACUGGAGAAGAGUCAGGAGAAGCCGAGCUUGGUUGAAUUGUGGAAGGGCACCGAUCUGUACCGUACCUUGAUCGUGUGCGGUGUGUACGCCUCGCAGAAUCUGACGGGUAACUUGAUUGCCAACCAAGCGGUCUUUUUCUUCAAGCAGGCUGGUAUGGCUGACAACACCGCUUUUGCUCUCGGUCUCAUCACUUCCGCCCUCCAGUGGAUCAUGGUCAUGCUCUCCUGGAUUCUCACCACAUACCUCGGCCGUCGCACCAUCUACGUCUACGGUCAAUUCAUCAACUGUGCCUUCUUGGUGGCACUCGGGAUUGCUGCGUCGGUCGGUAGGAGCGACGCGGCCAGUAAUGCCCAAGCAUCUCUUGGCCUGAUUGUCUCCGUUCUCUUUUGCUUGGGACCUGCCCCUGCCUCUUGGGUCAUCAUCGGCGAGACUCCCUCCGUGCGUCUUCGACCUCUGACCACUGGUAUCGGACGAGGUGCCUACUACAUGGUCAACAUUCCUUGCAUCUUCCUUUCCAGCUACAUGCUGAACACCGACAAGUGGGACUUGGGCGGUAAGAGCGGCUACAUCUGGGCCGGUACCGCCUUGUUCUGCUCCGUCAUGUCUUGGAUGUUCAUUCCUGAGAUGAAGCACCGCUCGUUCCGUGAGAUUGACAUUCUGUUCAACCGUCACGUGCCGGCCCGCAAGUGGAGCUCCACUGUCGUCGACAUUCGCGACGACGAGUAG